AUGGAGGCCACUGUACAGCAUCACCUUGGCCCUGCUGUUCGUAUCCAAUCGAAUCCGUGCAGCGGGCCCUCACCCUUUUGCCCAAUCAAAGUCGCCCAAAGUCGAAAGAUCCCCAACUCGCUCCCACCUGAGCUAUACGGUGCCAUGGAUGAUCUUGAUCUCCGCAUGGAAGACCUCCCGAUGGAGGAUUACGCUCCAAACAAGUUGCAGUCGCCGAUGCGAGAGCACAAGAAGCUUCGGCGGUCGCAGAGCCUCACAAUGUACAUGGAUUUGGACGACCCGUCUGAUCUCGAAGGAGACUCGCCGAGGCGGGACACUCGUCUCAAGUCGGGAUGCCUCAUCCUUUGUUGUGCCCAAUGCCUGAGCGCUGUGCUCAUCGAGUACAGCAACGGAACCAUACCUGGCCUGCCCAGGCCGUCGAAGACUUCGCGGAACCAUAACGGUGUGGCACUCACGGACUGUAAGAAAUGCUUCUGGCGCACACGGAAAGGAUUGGAAGGGCGCGCUCAAGACAAUCGAGGGCACUUCCGCAUGUCUCGGACGGCAUCGAUGUGCCCCAGCCUGUGGGAUACAUCAGACUUGAUCGGGGGAGCGAACCUGGUGUUGGGAGAAGCGGUCGGCAUCAUGCUGGUAGAUAGAGUGUGUCUGCACAUGAGUUGGGAUCGCGUCUCGAGAGCUUUUGCUGGCAGAGACAGAGUUACGAGUCUGGAUGUCUCACAGGCGGCGACUCGUGACGUGAGUAAAAUCGUCCUGCCGUACCUCACUGGUAACUGGGUGUGA